AUGAAGACCCGGUGCAAUCGCCUCACCCGACUCAUCGCCACGCUCAUCCUACUCGACAUUGCUCGCCACAGCCUUGGCACAAGCUCCGAACUCACCUUCGUCACUGAAAAUCUCAUCCGCCAGCUCAACGUUUCUCGACAACGUUCAGCUAUCAUUGUUUCUGGAAUUGGUGGCAAGGAAUCUACUCAGACUAGAGGAAUAGUAUUGCUUACAUUGCGUUCUACACGCUCGAAUGCAACCGUCAACAUUCAAGCUCACGUCCUUCACACAUUGACGACCAUUUUACCAUCGUUCGAAGCGGAACCUCAGGAGUGGCCACAUCUAAAGAACUUGUCACUAGCCGACCCAGACUUUCUCACUCCACGGGCAAUUGACAUUCUCAUCGGAGCUGAUGCCUACGGGCAAAUCAUCAAGCCAAACAUAAUCAAGCACUCUCCAUUCAUGCCAAUCGCACAGCUCUCCAUCUUCGGAUGGCUCAUCCUUGGACCAGUCAACAGAAUAUCAGCAGGACGCACGUCGACGCAUCACGUUGCGAUUCAAGCUAAUGAAGAAGCAAUACAUGAGCUGCUAACGAAGUUUUGGGUUCAAGAGGAGGUGCCUACACAUGACGUCAGCGUUCUCACCCCGGAGGAGCAGAAAUGCGAAACACAUUUCCGAUCAACACACUCUCGUGACUCUUCAGGAAGAUACACUGUACGUAUUCCUCUGAAGUCGCCAAGCAACAUCUUAGGUGACUCGUAUAACAUCGCUCAUCAAUGCCUCAAGAGUCUACUUCGGCGCUUUGCAAGAGACCCCGCAUAUCAACGUCUCUAUCAAGACUUUAUGGCCGAAUAUCAAUCGCUCAACCAUAUGACGAAGGCAUCAUCAGAGUCCCAUCAUCACUCACAGUAUUAUUUGCCACAUCACGGCGUGCUCAAACCUGAUAGCGCAACAACAAAAUUGCGCGUUGUAUUUAAUGGCUCCAGUCUGUCUACAUCAGGGUAUUCCAUCAAUGAUCUCAUGCACACCGGAGCUAAGUUACACCUAGACAUCACGGAUGUUUUAUUGUGGAUUCGACAACAUCGUCAUAUCGUCUCCACAGAUAUCACUAAAAUGUACAGGCAGAUAAAAGUUCACAAGGAUGAUUGGGAUUUGCAGCGAAUACUGUGGAUUGAUGACCAACUCAACGAAGUGCCGUAUCAACUUACAACAGUCACCUACGGUACGAAGGCCGCGCCGUUCUUAGCGGUGCGAACCUUGCUUCAAUUGGCAGAAGACGAAGGAUAUCGAUUCCCGCUUGCUGUGCCAUCCAUCACUCACGGCCGAUACGUUGACGAUAUCUUCGGUGGUGCAGACACCGUACAACAACUCAAGGAAGUCGCGUGUGAACUACGAGACCUCUGUAUGGCGGGCGGCUUUCCUCUUGCAAAAUGGCAUGCAACUCAUAUCGAUGUCAUCAACGCCCUCAACAAUACUCAAGACCAAGGCUCUCCAAUCACCUUUGACGAUUGCGCAACCAAGAUACUCGGAUUACAAUGGCUCCCUCAGGAAGAUGUAUUCUCAUUCUCAUUGAAGACUCCUUUCAAGACCGGCAAUUUCACGAAACGCCUCGUACUAUCUGAAGUGGCUCAGAUCUUUGAUCCACUCGGCUUUGCUUCACCAGUAGUGAUCAAGGCUAAGAUGCUCUUGCAGGAGCUUUGGCUGCACAAGCUCCACUGGGAUGAACAACUACCGUCCCAGCUCUCCACCAGGUGGCUCAUCAUCAGAGAAGAACUCACAAGGUUGGCCAACCUCUCAAUUCCUCGGUGGUUUCAUACUUGGACCGUCUCGACAGUAGAACUUCACGGCUUCUCUGAUGCUUCUCAAUUGGCAAUGGCUGCAGUCGUAUAUCUCUCCGUUCACGACUCAAAUGGCGCCAGAAUAUCAUUUGUGUGCUCCAAGACGAAAGUAGCACCUCUCAAGCGACUCUCAAUUCCGAGACUCGAACUCACCGCAGCGCUGCUGCUUUCUCGACUCGUUAAGCACAUCCCUGGCACCUCGAAUCCAGCCGACUGCGCGUCACGAGGCCUCACAACUGCUCAACUUCAAGGUCACUCAUUGUGGUGGACGGGACCACCUUGGCUCAUCAAUCAAGACUCUUGGCCGCCACAACCUGCAAUCGCUGAAGAGUUAAGAGCAAUUGAGGCACGCCCAGGCGUCUCAUUAAUUGCAGCUGCACUGAAACCUGACUAUCACUGGGACAUCAUCUACAGGUUCAUCUCACGGGUGAAUAAGAAUCACGAUUCAAUGCCAAUCAUGCAAGUAUCAACCAUGGCUUUAGAGAAGGCAAAACUCUUUUGGAUCAAGGCAACUCAAGCGGCAUACUUUUCACACGAACUCAAGGCUUUACAGUCAAAUUCACCAUUACCGAAGACACAUGCAUUCAGUCGAUUGACUGCAUAUAUCGACGCUCAAGGAGUCAUCCGAGUCGGUGGACGACUCGCUCACUCAUCUCUCUCACCUGAUGGCAAACAUCCUGCGAUUUUGCCUCACCACUCACAUUUAACGUCUCUGAUCAUCGCCCAUUCUCAUCAACGAACAUUACAUGGAGGCACUCAACUCACGCUCGCACAUAUCCGACAGACCUUUUGGAUUCUCGGCGGGAGAGCUCCUGUGAAAUCAUACAUCUUGAAGUGUGUCGCGUGUGCUCGACAGAGGGGGAUCCGUGCUCAUCAAUUGAUGGGCCAACUACCUCUCUCAAGAGCCACGCCGUCGCGCCCAUUUACUCACACAGGGGUGGACUACGCCGGGCCACUCACCAUCAAAACUUGGAAGGGUAGAGGUGCAAAAAGUCAUAAGAGCUGGAUCUGCGUUUUUGUGUGCUUCUCAACAUCGGCAGUACAUCUAGAGGCAGUCAGUGACUAUUCAUCUGACGCAUUCAUUGCUGCCUACCGACGGUUUUCAUCCAGACGCGGCAUCGCUCAUGCACUCUAUUCGGAUUGCGGAACGACCUUCAUCGGAGCAGAUACAUCGCUUAAGAGACUGUUCGUUCAGAGCUCUCAAGAACAUCAACGGGUCAGCAAGAUGCUCGCCCAAGACAGCACGCGAUGGGAAUUCAACCCACCAGCAACUCCGCAUAUGGGGGGAAAGUGGGAAGCAGUG